CGGCGGUCGCGGCGCGGGGUGGCUGCGGCUCCUGGCUUAGGGUUAUGCACUGGGGUGAUGGUCUCGCCGGCUGGUGCUAGGCUUCUCCCGCACCGGGGAGGGAGCCCCUUCCUCAGUCUUCUCCUCCUGCUGUUGCUCUGCCCCGGCGGUGGGUGCCUGCCGCGCCGCCGGCCCGCGGGGCCACCCGUGGUCUUGGUUCCUGGGGACUUGGGUAAUCAGUUGGAAGCAAAGUUAGAUAAGCCAUCAGUAGUGCAUUAUCUCUGCUCUAAGAAGACAGACAGUUAUUUUACACUCUGGCUGAAUUUGGAAUUGCUUCUGCCUGUCAUCAUUGACUGCUGGAUUGAUAAUAUCAGGCUGGUCUAUAACAGAACCAGGAAGAUUACAGAGCCCCCAGAUGGAGUGGAUAUCAGAGUCCCAGGUUUUGGGCAGACGUUUUCUUUGGAGUUCCUUGACCCGAGUAAAAGAAGUGUUGGCAGUUACUUUUACAUGCUGGUGCAGAGCUUAGUAGACUGGGGCUACAAACGUGAUGAAGAUGUGAGAGGAGCACCUUAUGACUGGCGAAAGGCACCAAAUGAGAAUGAAGACUAUUUUGUGGCCCUUCGCAAGAUGAUUGAGUUGAUGUAUGAGCAGUAUGGCAGUCCUGUUGUCUUGAUUGCCCACAGCAUGGGUAAUAUGUACACCCUCUACUUCCUCAACCAUCAGACGCAGGAUUGGAAAGACAAGUACAUAAAGGAUUAUGUGUCAUUAGGUGCUCCAUGGGGAGGAGUGGCUAAAACUCUCCGUGUGCUGGCUUCAGGUGACAACAAUAGGAUACCUGUUAUCAGCUCCCUCAAGAUCAGAGACCAGCAGAGAUCAGCGGUUUCCACAAACUGGAUGCUCCCCUACAACUACACGUGGCCUCCAGAUAAGGUCUUUGUAAGCACACCUACAGCUAACUACACUCUUCGGGAUUACCAGCAAUUCUACAGGGACAUCAAUUUUGAAGAUGGCUGGCUGAUGAGGCAGGACACUGAACCCCUGGUCUACCAGAUGACACCGCCUGGUGUGCGUAUACACUGUCUGUAUGGCACCGGCGUGGAGACGCCUGACUCCUUCCACUAUGAAAGCUUUCCCGACAGAGAGCCCAAGAUUCUUUACAGCGAUGGGGACGGAACAGUGAACUUGCAGAGUGCCUUGCAGUGCGGGAAGUGGGUGGACAGGCAAAAACAGGAAGUGGUGAUGUUUGAGCUUUCAGGAAAUGAGCACAUUCAAAUGCUGUCCAAUGAUACUACUAUCUCUUAUGUGAAAAAGCUGCUUUAUGGUUUGUAAUACCUUGUGUCGAGAGUUAUUUUCCUCACCUGUGAUGCCUUCCCUUAAAUGUGGGAAAAUGCCUUUUAAUCCCUUUAUAUUUAGAUACCUGAAUUAUUUAUUUUGUGUUUUGGUUUUUCUUUUCUUUUUUUUAAAAGAAGUUGUUUGGUGUCCUGAAUGAUCCUAUGUCUCUUGAUUUGUGUUUAUGAUGCUUCAUGGUAUUUUCACUUUCUGCAAAUUUGGUCAAAUAGGCAUCUUGGUGCCUCUGGUGUUGUGUCCAAUAUUCAUACUGACUGUCAUUAAGGGCCUGUGCAGCCCCUUGCACAUACUGCAUAGUAUCAUAGGUACCUGAGUUCCUUUGCAUGGAGUGGGAGGGCUGGGAGGAACUGUAGUUGCAGAUGCCCAUAAAACAACAGAAUGAUAGCG